AUGAUGCGCUCUGUGAUCCCUCUGAUCGUGUCGUUCGCUUCGCUUGUCGCUGCCAUCGAAAUCACCAGUCCUGCAGCCAACACGACCUACGCAGCCGGGUCCACCAUCACCGUCGAGUGGACCAGCGUCGAUACAGAUCCCACCAACUUCAGUCUCUAUCUCUGGAACUUUGUGUACUGGCCUCCAUCCUAUGUUCCACUGGCUAUAGACGUCCCCACAUCGGAUCUGUCUCACUCUGUCCAAAUCCCCUGCGACACCGACCCCGAAUGGGGAUACCAGAUCAGCGGCAUUAAUGGCACCAACGUCUACAUAAUCUACGCACAGGGAGACAAGUUUACUGUCUCUGAUCCCGUCAAUGGCACUGCCUGUGUGGACCCUACUCCUUUUUCGACCACUUCCACCUGCCCUAGCGCUGCGGCGUCUACCGUUUAUGUCACGGUGAGCCCUACCGGUCCCAGCUCCCGUCCUUUCCAUCAUCAUCACUCCCACGUCCACCCUGCUCCGUCACCCAGCACUGCCAGCACUUUUAUCUCUGAAUAUAUAAAACCCGGAAUCGUGCCUAAGACUAUUGGUUGGUGCUCAGACUAUUCCCACCCUGUAACCUUGGACAAGGUUCCAACCCCGACUCUCUCAGCGGCGAAUGAUAAUGGAUCCGAUGCUUCACCGGUGGUAACUACGGCACCGAGCCAGGUCACCGAUUCUCGUGGCCUUCGCACAACGACUAUCACUAAUACAGUGAGUGUGAUGGCUUGUUUGAACGAGGAUGCGAUUUGA